AAAGGGGCGAUAAUAGAAUCAAUUCAUCUUUAUUAUGUCUAGCGUUAAUAGGAAAACCAAAAAGUAUAUUUUCUCUAUCUUCAGGAAAAAGAAGAAAGGAAAUUGGCCUUUUUUUAUAAAAAAAAAAAAUUUAAUACAUUUUGUUUUUAGGAUAUGGUGGGAAUGAAAUUAAGAACGGAGGGGGAGCGUUGGGUACCUUGAAAAAUAACCAAAACGACACCGUGUAUAAAAAAUCCCCUCUCUCACCCAUGCUCACCGUUUCAUGACCCAUGCCAAACAAGCAGAGCCCUCUUUUCCGCCCAAGAGAUUGGAGAAUUCUUGGUGUGAAGCCAUUGCAUCAAAAUCCACAGCUUCAGCCACCCCAAUACGAAACACAGAAAUGGGUCCUUUUAUAACAGAUGUUCCAAAGUCUGUCCUUCAAGAUGUUAUAAUGAAGCUGCCACCAAGGAGCAUUAUCAUGUGCAAAAGCGUCUGCAAGACUUGGUAUUCUCUAAUUUCGGACCCUGCAUUUGCUAGGCUGCAUUUCGCACAAGCAGAGGCCUAUCCUAUGGUCCGGCCCGUGGAUGGAAGAAGCGUGUCAAGAAACCUUUUCUUGGUUGAGCCUGAAGAUAGCUCUGGUUUUGAUUUGAAGGACUAUGAUUGUAACCGGUCUCGUGUCCACAUGAAUCUUUCCAAAUAUAAAUUCCCAUUGUGUCAUGCUGAGGAGUUACUCAAUUACCAUAGGAAUGGCAAUGUGAUGCCUAGUCAUGAAACUGAAAGAGAGGUUCACAUGAAGAUGACGAAAAUUGAUGACAACAACAACGAGGUGGAUUGGGGUGAAAGUAUCGCUUUCAUGAUGCAAUAUGAUCACAACAACUACAACUUGGUAAAUUCUUGUAACGGUUUGCUUUGCCUGUCUGAUUAUUUCGUGAAGUACCCUGCUGCUGUGUGCAAUCCAAUAACCGGCGAAUUUAUAAACCUUCCCCAUGGUCCUCAACAUGAGAAGGCAAUGACUUUAAUCGGUAGUGGAUUAGGUUUCAGUCCGAGGACUAACGAAUAUAAGGUGGUGAGAAUUCUUAAGGAACGGACACGUGAUCCCAAUAAGGUUGCUGAGAUACACACCCUGGGAACAGGUUCAUGGAAAUCUGUUGGCGCUGCUCCCUGCUCAGACUCUCAGCAAUCAUUCCCCACUUGUGUGAAAGGAAUGCUUUAUUGGUUUUGCGGUGAGUGGACAUGUGCUAGUGUGAUUUCAUUUGACUUGGAUACUGAAGAGUUCGAAUCGGUUCCAUCACUGCCUUUUCGGGAGGGUGGUCGUGAUGUGGGCAUGGGAGAUUUGGGAGGUAGCCUUUGUCUGUGUAAAAUUGAGAGUUUUGAAAUCAAUGUGUGGGUAAUGAAUGAUUCUGGUCCACAAAAACUUUGGAUGAAGAAGAUAUCGAUUUGUACUGCUUUUACUCGAAGUUGGCCAAGUGGCGUAUACAUACCCAUGAAAUACUUUGAGAAUGAUGGUCUGUUGAUGUUUAAUUCUCGUCUCAAUGCCUUCUUUUACCAUCACCCAGGAAACCACAGUCCAUUCAUUUAUCUUAAGCUUCGAGAGAUGAAUUAUUCAGCUUCUGAGGCAAUUAGUCAUGUUCCGAGCUUUAUUUCGCUCAAGGAUAUUCUGGUGGGGAAGGAUGUAGAAAUACUGAAUAUCAAUUCAAGGUGUGCAGUGUUGAAGCUGCCCGGAGAGACCGAAGCCCUAUCUCUGGUGGAAGAAAAUGCCAGUUCGAUACGCUUCUGACAGUUGGGAAGAAUGAAACAAGCACACAAUGGUGGAUGUGAUGCAGUCUAAGAACCUUAAUUCGCAUCUAACUUAGUGGCCGUCAAGUGUUUUGUUGAUGUUACUUUAAAUAGUUUUGGAUUACUUGUCAUGUUUGUGGAAGUACAUUGCUAAUUACAGGCUUUACUUAUCAUCUUUGCUUUGGUUAAUUUGGUGAGUGAAAGAUUUAACUA